AUGACGGUUUCCAUCUACGACGAUGAACUGCUCGGCCAGGCCGGAGGGCCCCCGGACCAGCAGGGCCCAAUGACGACGGGCAAGAUCGACCAGAAGAUCACCGAAAUACAGCAGUUCUACGAUAAGUGCAGCGUCUUCAUCACCGGCGGCACCGGCUUCCUUGGCAAGACUCUUAUCUACAAACUGCUGACCAGCUGUCCGGGGAUCGAAAACAUCUUCCUCCUGGUGCGAAGCAAACGGGGCAAAGACAUUUUUUCGCGCGUGGAAGAAAUCUUCGACGAUGCUAUGUUUGACAAAAUGAAACAAACCUGUCCGAAGUACGACCACAAAAUUCGGGCCGUCGCCGGCGACUGCAUGCAGCCCGGACUGGGCAUCAGCCCGUCCGACCGGGAAGUCCUGACGGAAAACGUCAACAUCGUCUUUCAUCUAGCCGCCACGGUGCGAUUCGAUGAGAAAAUGAAAACGGCCAUGCAGAUCAACGUGAAAGCCUGCCGGGACGUGCUGGACCUGUGUCACGACAUGAAGCGGCUAAAGUCGGUCAUCUACGUCUCGACCGCCUACACGCAGUGCCCGCAAGCCGUCGUCGACGAGCGGUUCUACGACCCGCCGAUGGAGUCGGAGAAAAUGAUCCACCUGACCGACUGCGUGACGGACGGCAUGAUCGAAAAGAUCACACCGGUGCUGCUCGACAAAUGGCCGAACACGUAUACCUUCACGAAGGCCAUCGCCGAGGACGUGGUGCGCAAAAACAGUCGCGGCAUGCCGGUCGGCAUGUUUCGGCCGGGUAUCGUUAUUGCCACCUAUCAGGAACCGGUCCCUGGAUGGAUCGAUAAUUUCUACGGCCCGACGGGAGUGAUUGCCGGUGCCGGAACUGGGGUGCUACGAACGCUCCGUGCCGAUCCCACCAAAGUGGCCAACAUGGUGCCGGUCGAUCUUUGCGUCAAUGGUAUCAUCGCGUCGGCCUGGGACAUUGCUGAACGCUUCCGAACGGAAAUUCUACCCGAUCCGGAAAUACCGAUCUACAACUUCUGCACCGAGCCCAACAAUUGCAUCACUUGGGGCGACUUUACGCACACCACCAUCAAGUUUGGCUCGAUGUAUCCGACGAUGAAGGCAAUCUGGUAUCUGUGCUACGCCAGCAAUCCCAACAUUGUGCUGCACUACCUGUCCAUCAUCUUUUUGCACUACGCACCGGCCGUCCUCUGUGACAUCAUUGCGGUCCUCAUUGGCAGGAAGCCCAGACUCCUUCGCAGCUACAAGAAGAUCCAUCGCUUCAUGGACGUGAUCGAAUACUUUUCCAUGCGCGAGUGGCAGUUCAAGAUGGACAACAUGAACGGGCUUUGGCGCAAGCUGUCGAGUGCCGACCAGAAGCUAUUCUUCUUCGACAUGCGUCAGAUCAACUGGGACUACUUUCUGGAGCAAUACUUCUGUGGCAUCCGGCGGUAUCUGCUGAACGACCCGAUGGAAACGGUUCCGCAAGCCGUUAUCCGCUGGAACCGUCUCUACUGGCUGCAUCAGGCAACCAAGGUGGUCGUGCUGCUGCUGCUGUACAAGCUGGUCAUGUCGGUGUGGGGAAUGUUUAGCUAG